CCUUCCAAACUACGCCAAAAGACCAAACACCUCAUUCACCCUCACUAAAAAAGCACAAUCCGUGCCAAACCAAAUUCAUCAUCUCCGCACCGUAGAUUUAAACAUAAUCAACGCUUCAAAACCAAUUACAGAGUUUCACGCGGAUCGACUCUCUUAGCAGUCGAUAAGCAUACACAUCCAACGGCCACUAUCAACCCCGCCAGACUUUCAAAAUUCCAAAUCCCCAACUCCCUACAAUAUAAAUACCCAAAAUUCCUCCUCUGCUUAACCCGUCAAUUCAUCUCUAAUAUCUCAUCUUCUUCGAAACUCAAAAUUUCCCAAAGUUUUCUGGGAAAAUGUCAGGCCGAGGAAAGGGCGGUAAGGGUUUGGGCAAAGGGGGAGCCAAACGACAUCGUAAGGUCCUCAGAGAUAAUAUCCAGGGCAUCACCAAGCCUGCGAUUCGUCGUCUGGCUCGCAGAGGUGGUGUGAAGCGUAUCAGUGGUCUGAUCUACGAGGAGACCAGAGGCGUCCUCAAGAUCUUUCUUGAGAAUGUGAUUCGUGAUGCAGUGACUUACACUGAGCACGCCAGGAGGAAGACUGUGACCGCCAUGGAUGUGGUGUAUGCUUUGAAGAGGCAGGGAAGGACCCUCUAUGGUUUUGGGGGUUAGAUUGGGAAUUUUCAUGCUGUGUAUUGCGCAUAUUAGGUUUAGGGUGGUUUCAGAUCUUGGCUUUAGAUCUAUGAGCUUAUUAGAUAUUCUGUGGUUAAGAAUUAGCGUCGAUGUAAUUUGCUCCCUUAUUUUGAAGUAAUACAAGUUCAAUUUGUUAGCAAA